CGAAAUAAAAGACCACUCUUCAUCUCUUAUCUCUAACUCUUUUAUAUUUCUUUUUUUUUCUUUUUUUUUUUUUUUUUUUGUUUCUUUGUUCUGGACUUAUCUGUACUCGUUAGACUAGAGAGAGGUUUCUGAAAUCUGAAUAGGCACACUUUCUACAGCAAAGCUCACUGUCUCUCUGCCAUGGCUUCCUCUGCAACUACUCUCUCUCAGAACCCCUUCUCAUCCUUCUCUCGGUUCCCACAGACCUUGAGAAGAAACCCUCUUCAUCUUUUGUCCAUUAAAGCUGUAAAAGCUGCAGAACCUGAUAAGACCGAGAAACUCAAACAAACUAAAACCCAAGAGUCUACAAAUGCUACUCAACCUUCAACCACCACAGUUUCUAAGCCUCCCAAGAAGCCUGUUUAUUCCAUGAAGAAGGGUCAGAUUGUGAGGGUGGAGAAAGAGAAGUAUCUUAAUAGUGUUAAUUAUCUAUCUGUUGGGCAUCCACCUUAUUACAAAGGGUUAGAUUAUAUUUAUGAAGACCGCGGUGAGGUACUGGAUUUACGCAUUUUUGAGACUGGUGAAUAUGCACUCGUAGCAUGGGUUGGGGUACCUACUGCGCCAGCAUGGCUUCCAACUGAGAUGCUGAUCAAGUCAGAGAAACUCAAUUAUGAGAGACUGUAAUGCGAUAAGCCAAUUGAGGACCCAGCAUAUAUUUAUCACCUUCUGCAACUCGUAUUGUAAUUUUGUAAAGAUGAUUAUAAUAGAUGUCAUUGAUCGAUCAGGCACGCAAAGAACACUAUGAUUAGGCCAACACGUGAUGAGGCCUCAUUUGAACUUACAAAGUGAUUUGAUCAAAGAGGAACACGGCAAAGACGACCCGUUUGCCAGGUCGUCUAAGGACGAAAUCUAUUAUGUGUGGAUUUUGGAUUCUCAAAGGUUAUUGUUUCCGAUAAUGGAACUCAGUUUGAUUGCCACAAAUUCAUAGCCUUAUGUUCAGGCCUUGGAAUCAGAAAUCACUAUUCCCCACAGGCCAAUGGUCAAGUUUGUUGGAGAACAAUAAGCAUAUAACACGAAAAUAAAUUCUAUAAAUAUUAUUAAAUCAAA